AAAAAAAUAUCAAGGCAACGCUAUAAGGCUGCUCCUUCUUCAUAACUUUUGAGUGCAAAACAAAAAACUUUAGAGUUGCCAGCAGAUAUGGAUUCCAAGAAAGUGGAGGUAGCUGAUAAUAAAACUCAUCAUAUCUUAUGUAUUCCAUGCCCAGCUCAAAGCCAUAUCAAAGCAAUGCUUAAAUUAGCAAAGCUUCUCCAUUCUAGAGGUUUUCAUAUCACGUUUGUCAACACCGAGUACAACCACAAACGGUUUCUUAAAUCUCUUGGUCCCGACUCUCUCCAUGGCUUGCCUGACUUCCGGUUCAAAACAAUUCCCGAUGGCCUUCCGCCUUCAGAUGCUGAUGCUACCCAAGACCUUGUUUCUCUUGCCGAAGCCUUCACGGAGUACAUGUUGGCUCCCUUUUGUGAUCUAGUCAAAAGACUCAAUGACAUGACCGGAACUUGCAAUGAUAGUCCCCCUCCGGUGACUCGUAUUGUUUCCGACGGAUUCUUGCCGUUCACCAUCACCGCCGGAAAAGAACUUGGAAUUCCGGUUGUGUUCUUUUAUACUAUUCCAGCCUGCUCUUUCAUGGGCUUCGAACAACUAGGUACUCUGCUGGAGAAGUUAGGACCUGCACCAGUACCAAAAGACACAAUUAUAGGUUGGAUUCCUGGAAUGAAGGAUAUAUACGUUAGGGAUAUGCCAAGCUUUUGUUGGUCAGGAGGUACAGCAGAUAAUGUUCUGCUCAACUUUGGCAUAGAAGCAAUGAAAAAAGCCCAUCAAGCUUCAGCAAUCAUUAUUCACACAUUCAGUGCAUUGGAGCGAGAUGUUUUGGAUGCGAUCUCAUCUAUGUUUCCGAAAGUGUUCGCAUUUGGUCCUCUUCAACUUCUUCUUAAUCGCAUACCGGAACACCCUUUGAAACUCAAAUACAGUCUUUGGAAGGAAGAGAACGAAUGUCUCCAAUGGCUCAAUGCCAAGCCAAAAGGCUCGGUUUUGUAUGUUAACUUUGGGAGCGUAGCAGUCAUGUCGCCGCAACAGCUCGCGGAGUUUGGUUUUGGAAUUGCAAAUAGCAAACACCCUUUCUUGUGGAUAAUUAGGCCUGAUUUGGUAGUCGGCCAAACCGCUGUUUUGCCGCCCAAGUUCGUGACGGAAACGAAAGGAAGAGGACUGAUAGGGAGUUGGUGCCCACAAGAGGAAGUUCUUAAUCAUCUAUCAAUUGGAGGUUUUUUAACACAUAGUGGUUGGAAUUCAACCGUGGAAAGCUUGUCUUCAGGUGUACCAUUACUAUGUUGUCCAUUUUUGGGGGACCAACCCACGAACUGCCGAUUUUCUUGCAAGGAGUGGGGUAUUGGAAUGGAGAUGGACAAAGAAGCAGUGAAGAGAGAGGAAGUUGAGAAGCUUGUGAAAGAGUUGAUGGAGGGAGAGAAGGGUAAGGAAAUGAGAAAGAAUGUGAUGGAGUGGAAAAGACUAGCCCAUGAGGCUACUGAACCUAAUGGUUCCUCAUCCAUUGACUUGGAUAAUUUUGUUAGCCACUUAAUUUCUUGAAUAAGGUUGGCCAAGUAUAUCUAUCUUCAACCCGAGACCGAAAAAUAUAAGGGUAUUGGUAUUUUUAGUACGCGUUUACAUGCUGGUGAUUUUCUUAGUCAAUUUCUUUUGUUCUUUUUUUUUUUGUUUUUUUUUUUUUAAUUGUGUUUUUUUUUUUUUUAUUCGUUGUUUUUGUUUUGGUUUUUGCUGCUAAACAUGUUGGAGAUGGGUAAGAAAUUAAAUCUGGAGAUAUGCUCUCAUAUUUUAGCUUGCAUUUUCUUUUAAAGUACUAACAAUUAUACAUGGUUAUAGGAACUACUAAUUUUUCUC